CUCAUUUCGACACACCCAUACAUCGCCCGGCCACUUUCCAGCCAGUUGUCAUCCAUCUUCUCCACCUCCUCCACCUGCACGUGCGCAUCCACCUCCACUCCACCUAUACUUCACUCUGGUCCACUUUGCAGGCGUCAGUGCGGCUCCAACCUCACUGUGGGUCACACGCCUCGUGCAGCGGUAGGACGGCCCCCUCGGUGCUCUCUCCUGCCUUGCCCGAUCUCACUCUUGCAAGCCAGCCAGCCACUCAGUCAGUCUGAGCCACGCGACUCUCCCCAAGGCAGCUGCUGCUCCUUCAAGCUUUCAGAUCUCGUCAGCUUACACAUUACCACAAGGGCAGUGGACCAGCUGAAGAAAGACGAGACAGCAAGAAUCAGUUGGACAGCACGACCAAGUAGCAGUGAAUCAGUGAGGAAAGUGGCGUGAAUUAUUUGCGCGAGAGUGAAUCGGCAAGAUCUUGAAGAGGCAACCGGUGCACCAGAUCGCAAACAGAGCAAGGAACUCGUUAACGCCAAACAGGAAACUCAAACAGGAGAAAGGGAAACGGCGGCGCGUCUCGGCCAGUCAGAGGAGAGGUCAGUGUUGCGUAUAAGAGAUGGACCUUCUCCAAUCCCGCCUGUUGCGUGCCAUCCCUCUGGCUCUGCUGCGCAUCCUGGUGGUCACUGUGCUUCCCGAGACCGCGCAGCACAACUAUGACUCCGCCGGCAAGCUCCUCAACCAGUACGACUUUAUUAUCAUCGGCGGCGGGUCUGCGGGAUGUGUACUGGCGGCGCGGCUGUCUGAGGUGCCUGCUUGGAAGGUGCUUCUGCUGGAGGCUGGAGGAAAACCGCCCCCGGAGAGCCACAUCCCGGGACUCAACCAGCUGUUGCUCAGGGGUGACGCGGACUGGAACUUCUUCACGGAGCCAGAGACGAGCGCCUUCCAAGGGUUCACUGGCAAGCGCAUCCCGUAUCCUCGCGGGUUCGCCAUCGGAGGCUCCUCGGUCAUCAACUCCAUGUUUCACGUCCGUGGCAACAGGAGGGACUACGACAAUUGGGCGAACAUGGGCAACCCGGGCUGGGACUACAAUUCCGUGGAACCCUACUUCAAAAUGGAGGACUAUCGAGGCGAGACUACCCCGGAGACUGCGGCCUUCCAUGGCUUCGGGGGACCUUUGGUGGUGGAGAACAAGAAGUGGCAGACGCCCGUGGUGGGAGGCUUCAUCAAGGCGGGGGAGCAGCUCGGCUACAAGAGAGUUGACCCCAGUGACCCAGACCAGAUAGGUUUCUCCGUGGUGGACUUCACGGUAAAGAACGGCAUCAGGUGGUCCACGGCGGAGGCUUACAUCAAACCCAACGUGCACAGACCCAAUCUGCAUGUGGUCCUCAACGCCCACGUCACCAGGAUCAUCUUCGACAACAACAAAAGAGCGGUUGGGUGUCAGGUUCCAGCAUCAGAAGAAGGUUUCAUUACCUCAUCAGAAAUAAGAAUGAAGAGUGUGUACGCCAGACGGGAGGUGCUGCUGUCUGCCGGGGCUAUCGGGUCCCCUCAUGUCCUCAUGCUGUCAGGCCUCGGUCCGGCCAAGCACCUUCUUUCGCACGGGGUAAGUCCAGACGUGCCUUGGCUGUAUCUCAUCUGGUUGCCCCCCAUGGUGGACCUCCCUGGGGUGGGGCAGAACCUGAAUGACCACCCUUACUUGACGGGUCUCGCUUGGACCACGCGCCCCAACUCCUCUUUCAACAUCCUGGAGACUGCCCACCCCAACGUGCUUUACGACUACUUAUUCAACAAGGAUGGUCGUCUGAGCGGCACCAUUUCCAUCGAGGGGUACGCGUGGCCCUUCUCUGAGGAGGGCGAUCCGUAUUGGCCCGAGGUGCAGAUUGGCUUCACGCCUCCUUCACUGUCGGCAAUGACUUCGGCCUCAUCACUCAGUACAUCCUCGGCCUCCGAUACUAAGGUGAGUAGCGGAGUUUUACCACAAUUACUUCCAAUCGCUGGGGGCAACGCGAGGGCUUCUCCAUCGGGCCCUUCCUGUGCCGCCCCAAGAGCCGAGGCAAACCCGUCACGCUGGCCUCCUCGAACCCCCUACGACGCGCCCACCAUCGACGCAAACUUCUUCGACCACCCGGAUGACAUCAGGGCCUUCCAUCGAUGCCUGCUCUCAGAGACGAGUUCGAGGCAAAAGUUCCACGACCGCAUUCUGCCCGGCUGCGAGAACUACAAGCCUUUGAGUGACGAGUACCUGGAAUGCUACGCGAGAACCCUCACAGGCACCACCUACCACCCCUCGGGGACCUGCAAGAUGGGCCCGAUUUCUGACAAGUACAGCGUGGUAGACUAUAUGCUCAAGGUGCAUCGCGUGAAGGGGCUGCGGGUGGUGGACGCCUCUAUCAUGCCCGUAGUCACGACCGGCAACACCAACGCGCCCACAAUCAUGAUUGCUGAGAAGGCCGCAGACAUGAUAAAGUCGGACUGGGGUGUGCCCAUGCCUUUCUACCACACGUGAGCACGACUAAGAGGUGCUAGGACGCCUGUGAGAUGAGGUACAAGUAGACAGAAAAGGUGCUGUGAGUGUGAUGGAUUUCUGUAAUUAGUUAAGGUACAAGUAGACAGAUAGAUUAGGUGGUGCGAGUAUGAGAGAUGUGUGAUGGACUUCUGUAACUAGUUAAGAUACAAGGAGAUAGAACUGAUCAUGUGAAUGUGGCAGAUGAAUGUGAUGGAUUCCUGUAUUUAUUUUUACUCUUGUUGAUGAAUCUGCUUAAUGCUCUUGAGGUUUUUAAUGUUUGUCAGUUUCAUAUGCGAAAUUUUUUUUAUAGUAACUUUUUUGUUAUUGUUCUUUUUAUUCUUUAUUAUUUUUUUCAUUUAUUAUUAAUGCAUUAAAUCGUCAAUUAUUGCUUUAGAAAUGUUUGGCAGAGUACUAAUAUGAUUUUAAAUGAAUUUCCAUAUUUUAUAAGAGAUGAAUGUGUAAAAUUUAUGUAGAUUUUACUUGUAUAAACGUUCUCCAUUCGUGGUAUGAAGGUAAUAUUUUGCCGGAAUGUUGCAAGUUCAUCGGUUUUAUUACUUUGUAUUUCUUGUUUUGUGUUACGUAUGUGUUGACAAGUGCGUGGAUUUAUGUGAAUGUAAGUACGUAUGCGUGUAUGUUUCCUUGUCGUAUUUAUUGUAUCUACUGAUUACGGUGUUAACGUUGCCAAUGUUUUUUUUUUUUUUUUUAUUAGAUCUAACUAAGUCCUGUCGAUGAAAGUGAACAAGAAUUCCUUAUGAAAAGAAUGUGGAAGAAGCGAAAAUAAAGAAAAAGUGUAACUGAAUAGAAACGUGCAAUGGAUCACUUGAACAAUCAGUCAGUCAAUCAGUUUUGCUAAGAUGUGGAAACUUUUUUUUCUUUUCACUUAGUCGUCUUAAUUCUUUUUUGUUCCGGUACAUCUGCUUGAGUCUUAGAAUUACUGUUGAGUCUUAAGAUGUCAUAGAAAACGGUUUAUCUUGCGUGAGAGAUGAUAUAAGGCAAAUAACACCAAAAAAUAAUAAUGGUUAUACUCCUCUAGGCAGUGUCCGAAUACCAGCCUGCCUUCAUGAGAUCACUCCCUUUGGUCUUGGGAUGAAUAUUUCUUUACUAAUAUAAGUUUAUACAAGACACAGGAUUUUCUGUUAACAAAUUUACAGCUCAAUAAACGUAAAACUCAAGUCAUACAAAGUUUUGGUGUGAACAAAAUUUUAAACUAAACGGAUAAUACAAUACAAAACAUAAGCACUCUACAUUAAAGUUGUUGGUAAUUUUCCCGCCAUUUAGAACAUACCUCAUUUUUCAACGCAGUAAUUUAUGUCUUCCUCGCUUCGCUCAAACAAAUUACCUGUAAGAAUAAACACUGUACGUUUGCAAUUUUCAUGAUGGAUAAUUUGCUAUUGAAGGAUUGUUUCCUCAGUGUGUGCAGCAAACAACGCACACAGCUUUUUCUAAUGUUUUGUAUAGAACAGUUACUUCAUAUUUCUAUCUUUGAAAAUUUGUCUUUGCGAACGCGCUCCGUAGUUAUGGCUUCUGUCAUUAUAGCAGCACCGGCCAUUCGUACGUGUAUUUCCAGCUCCGGCUUUGUGUCUGCCCACAAAUUGACUUAACAUUAGUUGAGUAAGCACUGUGCCAGUCGCCACUCGUCCACAGAAACCCAGCAGCUUUCAAAAUACAAGUCACUGCUGCUCCUGAGAAUCGCCUCAUUUGCUGAAGAGGAAAGGUGGACAGGGGUGUGCAGGUUCCAGCCCUGCAUCAGUCUUGGGUAGAAUGUAAAAUGACAAGUGGUCUGGUAGUGGAGACCACGUCUCAGUGUAGGAAGAAACCACCUGUAUGCUGAGGAGAGGUAUUUAUUAUUGUUAUUAUGAUGCCAAUCACUGCAUAACAAUUAGGUAAUCACAUGUUUGUUAUUGUUACUUGUGGUUACUGUGUGUCUGUCUGUAUAUCUAUUAUUAUUCUCCCCGUGUGGUUAUACUAACCCCUGAUUGUUGCCAAAAUAUUUUUCUUGAUUUCUUUUAAUGAUAAUACUUGUGUUUGUUGUUGUGUGUGUUAAGGCGAGACGAUGACACGCGACAGGACCAACACAGACGACACAACACAGGUGGCGCAACACAUAGACGACGCAACACACAAAUGGCUGAACACAAACACGUGACGCAACACGAAUACGAGGACCAGGCUCUCAGGGUACUCGGAAAAAAAUGGAACUGGAAUAAAUGGCACUGGGAUAAAUAAAGUAAUUGCAUGUAUAGGAUUCAUUUAAUACAGUUAUCAAUUACGGGCUUCGAACAUUUCGCCAUCGUGAAACAACACUACUCGUAACAAUCUCAGGCUACCUUGGCGCAAGUUCUGGGGUAACAGACUAGCGGGAUUCUGUCAGUUCUUUGGCAAACUACAAUUGCCGCACAACUUCCUGCCGCCAUGGAGGUUAUCCAAAACAAUAAGGGAGGUCAGAAACACUCGCACCUCGACAGCAAACUUCAAUAAAUUGGUUUUAAGAGAGAGAGAAAAAAAAGUGGGAGAAACUUCAUCAUGGAAAAUUGUCAGUCUAAACAAGUAAAGAAUAUGACAAAUUCUACAUGAUGUUACAUUACCAUCGUCACACACACACACACACACACACACACACACACACACACACACACACACACACACACACACACACACACACACACACACACACACACACACACACACACAUUACUGCUUGACAAUUAAAAGGUCGUCUCCAUGUGUCAUUAAUAUUUUUAGCAUAAUUAUCAGCAUUUGUAUUACUAUUUAUAUUAUGUUUUGUGUCUGAAUGAGUCAUUUUUACCUCACGUUGUCCAUGUCCUGCGUGGCGACGGAAUGUUGGCAAUGUAUAUAACUAGUAUAACUUUCACUGGUAAUCACACAAGUCAAACUAACAUUCACAAUUCACUCAGUGCCUACACAUCUUGCUUUGAUAAGUUAUUUUAUUAUUUAUUUGUAGCCUUAUUUACUUAUUUUAAGUGUUUCAGUGCCUACGUCAGAGGUUCUGAUUUAUUAAUGUCACAUAAUAUUAUAUGGUUUUAUUUAUUAUUGUACAUAUUGUUUACGAUUGAAUAAAUAAAAGACCAACCUCACUCA